AUGGCUGCUACAAGCAAUGUGACUGAAAUAAUUUUCUUGGGAUUUUCUCGGAACCGGGAUGUUCAGAAGGUCAUCUCUGUGGUAUUUCUCCUCCUGUACACAGCCAUUGUGUUGGGCAACAGUCUUAUUGUGAUAACCAUCAUGGCUGGCAAGGUGCUGACUUCCCCCAUGUAUUUCUUCCUCAGCUACCUGUCCUUUGUAGAGAUCUGUUACUGUUCUGUCACAGUUCCUAAGCUCAUCUUUGACUCUUUUAUCGAGAGGAAAAUCAUUUCCCUCAAGGGUUGUAUCACACAGAUAUUUUUCCUCCAUUUCUUUGGUGGCACUGAGAUCUUCCUCUUGACAGUGAUGGCCUAUGACCGCUAUGUGGCCAUCUGCAAGCCCUUGCACUACACCACCAUCAUGAACCAGCGAGUGCGUCACCUCCUGGUGGGUGCUGCAUGGGGUGGGGGCUUGCUGCAUUCUGUCGGGCAAACCUUCCUCAUUUUCCAGCUGCCCUUCUGUGGCCCCAAUCUCAUUGAUCACUACUUCUGUGAUGUCCACCCAAUGCUAAAAUUGGCCUGCUCAGACACCUUUCUCAUUGGGCUGCUAAUCAUCACCAACGGUGGCUCUAUUUCGGUAAUCAGCUUCGUGGUGCUGCUUGCUUCAUACAUUGUCAUCCUGCAUUCUCUGAGGAGCCACACCUUGGAAGGACGGCGCAAGGCACUUUCCACCUGUGCCUCUCAUGUUGCAGUGGUGGGCCUCUUCUUCAUACCCUGCUCCUUUGUCUACAUGAGGCCCUGUGUCACCCUCCCUGUGGACAAGAUAGUUGCUGUGUUUUAUACAGUAGUCACGCCUCUUUUAAACCCUGUCAUUUAUUCCUUCAGAAAUGCCGAAGUGAAAAAUGCCAUGAAGAGACUCAUGGGAAGGAAAGUGAUUUGGGAAGAAAAAUAG